AUGGUAGAUAGAGGUGAAGAUGAAUUUGAUGAGUCACUCUUAAAUCAGCCAUGGGACCCUAUUAGUUAUUUUGAUGAAGAGGAAGGCACACAAGAAGAAAAUGUGCAGAAUGUAUCUGGAUCAGAUGGAGAUAGUCAGCUGUCUGGAUUAUUUGAGAUCAACCUUAGGUCAGUUGAAAAAGACAUUAAGCGAAUGGUGAUACGAAAGCAAGAAAGUGUUGAUAUUCAAAAUCCAGUCUUUGAUCAAAAAGAAGAUGCUGAAGAGCCGUGUGACACUAUUGAUAGAUUUAUAACUUAUCAAGACAAUGAAGAUCACUUAAAGGCAGUUGAUAAUACUGUCUUGAUUAAUCAAAGGAACAUUGACAGUGAUAUGAAACGAUUUGCACAUUUUAAACAAAACUCACUGCAAGAGAGCCAUGAAAAUGAUGAUAUAACCCAAGACCCAAGUGAAGGAAUAGAGGACUUACUUGAGCUAUUACCAGAUGCAGUUCAAAGUGAACCAACUAGUCAGAAUGUUACGCUAUAUGAAGAAUUUGAUGAUUUCAACAGACCGUCCGAUCAAUACUUAGGAAAUGAGGAAUUAGACAUUGAUGCUAUACUUCCAGAUGCAGUUACGGAAGAACCAAAUGAACUUAGGGAGAUGCAGCCUAAUGACAAUACAUAUGAUUUUGAGUCAAUUCCAUACAAUGCAAGUAAUAUAUUGAUUGAUUUAGGUAGCAAAACUGAUGAAAAUGAAACAACCAAUGAUCAAAAGAUAUUUGACUCAGGGGACUUUAAGAUGCUAGCAUCAGGAGCUGGGAGUUCAAGUGGAUCUGUAGAUAGUAUUGAAAAUGUUCUCCAGGCUGCAGAGGAAAUUGUUUCUGACUUUAGCAACAAGGAAGGCUCAAGAGAAUAUAGUACUGAAUACCAAUGUAAUGAGAUACAGCCACAAGAUCACCCAGAGAAUGAUAAUAAGGUACAACAUCAAAGUAAUAGUAAUGAUAACAUAGUAGCAGGAACCUCGGGUCUUGAUUAUCAAUCUAUAAGUGAAACAAAAGGAGAUGAACCAGAUAUAAUUCAAAUAACAGAGAAGACCUUUGUUCCUGUUGAUCUGCUUGAAAAUUCAGAAUCUGGUUCUAGCAGAGUUGAAACACUGGAUACAUCUGUCAAUUCACUGCACGAUGAGCUGAUUAGAAGCUCCCCAAAUUUUGAUCUACAAGAACCACAUUUUGGAACUCCUCAAGCCACAUCUUCCUAUUUGCCAGAUACACACAGCUGCCUUGAGGGGACAAAUGUACCACAAAGAGGCAAUCAAGUUGAUCAAGCUAUAGCAAGUGGAAGCUCUGAUAGAAGAAGGAAGAAAUCUAAAAAGUCAAAGCAAAAGUAUCUUGUUGAACUUGUUAAAAAUGACAGUGAGGAUUAUUCAAGUACUGAUUCAGAGAAUGAAAUGUUGCCAGAAAGGCAUAGGGACCAGCUAUCCCAGAGUUUGAAAGAACAAAGUUUUAAAUCUGAUUUGGAGAAGCAUUCAAACAUUGUAACAGAAGAAGUGGAAAAUCUGGAAUCAGUGCCCCAUGAUGAUCACAAAGUCACUGAUGCACCUUUUACUGAGCUUCCAUCUACAGAGAUUCCUGAAAACCCACAAACCUCUAACAACAUAAUCACCUCACUUGAACCAGGGCACCAAAGUCUAGAAAUGACUGAGAAUGAAAGUCAAAAGACUGAUUUACCCUUGCCUGAAAAUAAUGAACUGAGUGAAGAGGCUAGAAGAAUUUCAGAACUUUUAGCAGAUGAAAUAUUGAAUGAAGAAACAAACAAUGUGUCUGGACUGCAGCAUCCUGUGUUUUCUCCAGGAGAUGGUGGCCUUCAUGAAGAGGCAGAUAUUACAAUUGAUUCAAAUGAAGCAUCAUCUAGCAUAGGAAACUCAGAAAAUCCUGAAAGUCAGCUUGAGGGGGCUACAGCUGCUAACUUUGGGACAAGGUCUGGGUCAACAUCUGACAGUGAAGAACUUGAAGAUUUCAUAAAUCAGCAAUUGAGUGACGGGUCGGCCGGAGUUUCUGUUGGGGUUCCUGAUGCAGAAGGAGACAGAGAACUGCCUCCAGUGCCAGAAGAAAUCCAACUGGGAUGGUUUGCUCCCAAGUGGGUGCCAGACAAAGAUGCAAAAGGUUGUAUGAACUGUGGCCUUAAGUUUACUGUUGUGAAGAGGAGGCACCACUGCAGAGCCUGUGGGAAAGUUCUUUGCUCCAACUGCUGCAAUAUGAAGGCAGACUUAGCCUAUCUUGGUUACAAAUCAAGCAGGGUUUGCCAAGCAUGCUAUGAAAUCCUUAGCAAGGCCCAGUCUUUGUCUCCACUUCCAUUAAUGUCAGUGAGCCAGGAUGUACCAGGGAGAGGCCACACAAUUGCACUAAAUGAAUCUGAGCCUACCACACCAGUUGCUGCUGAUACACCACCUCAGUAUAUGCCUGAAAGUCCACCUGAAUACUCAGUUCUGCCAGGGAGUGCAGUUCAAAGUGGGCCUCCAAACCCGCCAAGUUACUUUGCGUCAUCAGCUCGGGGAUCUGGGUUCCGCUCUAGAACCGAAUCAGAUCGAAGUGUCGUCAUUAUGUUUAACAGCUCCCAAACAGAUCUACCGCCAAUUCUUCGCAUUGAAAAUGAAGUUGUGAAGAUCAUUAACAAUCCUAAUCUCAAAAGCUUGUUCCAUCAAAUGAAAGAUAAAAGUGCGGACCCUGUUGCAUUUUUGGUUAACAAAAAUUUGGUGGUCAAAUUAAAAGUUGUUUUACUUGACUGCUGCAUUGGAAAGGAAUUCUGGUGUUUUUCUUCCGAUGGAAUGGGAGCCUCAAAUCAAGAAGAAGUCGUGUUUGUUGUGGAAUACAAAGGCGAUGACCCGCGUCUUCUAAAAUGUGUUUUCCAACAAUUUAAUUUAAUCUUUGAAAGAGCUAAACAUGGAGAGCCUAUAGCAGAUUUUGGAUACAUUUCUGUGGACGAGUACAUGCAAAACAACCAUAAAUAUGUUGGAAUGAUUUUAUUCAAACCCAACGUACAGUGUGUGAAAAAUCUGAUGGUACCUUGCCACCCUUAUAUGUUUGGUAUUUGGGUCCAAGAGUCAGAAGUUCCGUGGGCCAAGAACUUGCCUUUGCGACUUCUUAUAAGGCUUGGUGCAGAGUUCAAAAGUUACCCCUACCCUUUCUUCAAUCACACAGAAAGAGAGCCAGUUUUCCAUACUGUCGGCCGCACAAUUAUCGGCUUAUUAGCGGAUUUUCGAAGUUUCCAAUAUACAUUGCCAAGAAUUUCUGGUCUGCUAGUAUCGAUAACGAAGAAAGAUACCUCUAUAAAAUUUCCGCAAACCCGAUAUGAUGAGGUAUUAAAAGUUUUGAAUACAUCAGAAGAAAACGUGAUGGCCUUUUGUGGAAAUUUCAAUCGCAAGGCAGACAGCCAUCUUGUGUGUGUUGAGACUGAUGGUACCCACAGUACGCAGACGAUUAGUUGUCGAACUAGCAACAAGAAAUUGACUGGCUGUAGCUUUGUUGUCUUCAGUGCUGCAUUGAAAACAAGUCCAUCGGGAAUGCAGGCGAAAACGAGCAUUGUUGAAGACGGAAUAAUGGUGCAGGUUACUUCUGAUACUAUGAAAAAGAUUCGCACUGCAUUGAAGGAGAUGCAGGAUCUUGUAACACCGGCAGGCGAGGCUGUUGAAGGAUCGUCCGAAGUAACCAAACUGAAAAUAUCCUGGGGUGCCAGUGAUGAUUCAAGCACCAGACCUGUUUAUUCAUCAAGGACUACCAGCCCAAUCGAUGGCAGCCCAUUUGAUGGAUUAACGAACAUGAGAAUACGGCAUAGCUAUGACUUUACUGUGAGCACAUCUCCAGCUAAAAUUCACUGGCAAGAGGUAUACUUCUUGCCGAAUGACGGAGACACUGUUGGAAGGUUAUCUGCGAAGGAGCUAAGUCAGAUGACGUCGUCGGUAGCAAAGGCGUGUAUGAAUGCACUGUCACCGCAUUUGAGCACCUUAGUUGCGCUGGAGAUGACGAAGAUUGGUUUGCGCAUGAUCCUAGACUCGGAUACGGUCGAGUAUCGCAUUGGAGCUAACAAAGAACAGAUGCCUCAAGAGCUCACAGGCGACCUGGACGACAAACUCAUUCCCGUCAUUCAUAGCGUCAUGAAAACUGUGUCGCAUCGAAGGGUGUCAGCAGAAUUGAUUUUUCAAAUAACGCGAAUCGUUUGAAUCGAUUUGUAAAUGUCUGAUUUAUAUAUUUAUGAUUUCAAAUUGUAAUGCAUUCUUAAGUAACAUUUUCCAUUAUCUAUAUAGCGUUCAUAAUGAUCACCAUACUGUUGAUAGAAUGUUUGUAAUCAAUUAUGUAAACGCUUGCUUCUUCUUGAGUAUAAUGGAUUUAAAUACUUCUCAGUUGGA